AUGAAAUCGUUUUUGGUGUCGAUUCUUUUCACAAUCGAUGAUCAUAUAAUCAUUUGGAAAACAAGGAUUAAUUGCAUUGGAUGUUUCCGGUGGACCUCUGGUAUCACCACCCUCGCUCACUCAAAUGCUCUUCCUUUUAACCUGGCUGAUCGACGCUCUGCUACUCUACGUUUCUUUACCUCUGUUUCUCUUGUCAAACCCCCAAUCGCACAUGUGUCUAAUGAAGAUCCAACUUUUGAAACCCUAUCUAGCCACUGCCAUCGCCACCCCCUCUCUCGCCCCUCUUCUACCUUCUAUUAUGACAAGAAACCCCAACCGUCUCCACAUAGUCUCUGCCCUUACACAUAUAUUCUGAAGACGAACCACACCACGAUCUUUCGUUGUCUCUCUCUAUCUCUCUCAGAAAUGGCUGCUACCCAUGAUUCGUGGAAAUGAAAAUCAAGGGCCUUAUUUGGACUGUAAAACCAAAUGAAGAUGAUGAUCAGACCUCCACUAAGAAAGGCAUCAAUGAGCAGGUAAGGUUUUUUUGGAGUUGAUUUCAUGUUUUCCCCCAAAAAGCAUUAAAAUCUAAUCUUCUUUCCUACCUUGUGCAUUUCUUUUUGUGUUUUCUACUUUCUGGCAUCACAAACAUCACAAGUAAACCCAGGUGUUGGAUGAAAUGUCUCAAGGAAACUUCGUUGGCAGAUCUCUUUACCUGGUCAGGAAACUCUGCAGCCGACUCACCUAUGACCAGAUCUUCCUCUCGCGUUCAAGUAAAUAUAAAUAAAAGUUAGAUAACAAUGUUUUUUUUAAUUUCAAUUUAUGUUUGUUGUUUAUGAAGUUUAGAGUUUUUGAUAAACAGAAUGGUAGUCUUCAAAAUUUUCAAUAAGAUUAUAUCUAGAGGUCAAAGUUAGCUAAAUACGAAGCCCUGUUCAGAAGUUAUUUGCCAAGGCUUCAAUUUCACAGUUUUUUAUUUAAUACAUCAUUUUCUCAUGUAAAAAUGGAGUUGCUGGUUAGCUUUUAUGCGUACUGUUGAGGUGCAUUGGAUCUUGAUUUUAGGAAUCUGUCAAGAUGUGGAAUUAACAACAUUCAUAUUGAAGGUAUAACCAACACCAAAUACUAAAUAUUAUAGCUUACAGUAGUUGAUCUUGGUAUAUUGAAAUUGGACCAAUCAUGAACUGUAUGUUUGUUUUUUUUGAAAUAUUGAUCAAUUGAGCAUAAAGGCUGGUCAUAAAAUUGGUCCGGCUGGUUAUGAGGGUAUCACAGUGGAACUUUCAACUUUGAUCAGGUUUAUCACUUAACCUUUUUAGAGUACGAAAGCUUCACUGGUACUUCAAAAUUUUGGUUGUUAUACACAUCUGGAAUUUGGUUGUCUAAUUGUGAUGUUUUUGUUUGAAACCAUUGAUAGAGAAAAUUUGUUUAUAACCAUGGACAGAAAAGCUUUUUGCAUACUAUUUUCUGGUUCAAAUAAUAAUAAAACAAAAUCUAUAUCAUCUCUUAUUUCUUAGUUUAUUUGUUUUAUGUAUUUGUUCUUCUUAUUGUGUAUUAAUAUUGGGGUAGAGGUAUAAAUGAUGUAAUUCUUAUCGGUUUUGUUGGCAAGUGCAAAACUGGAGCAAGAGAAAGCAAAGGACAAGCUAAGCAACAUGGUUUCUUGGAUAAGGCCCUAUUUCUGUCAUUCACUCAAAGAAAUAUUGGAAUCUGUUGGAGACUAUUUUGGUGUUGCUAAAGUUUUGGAGUUGAUGCUUGUGCCCCAGAAGAUCCUAAAAAGAUUGCUACUAAAGUUGUGGAGUUAAAGUUAAGAGUCAAUGUAGUUUUGUUUUUGAUUUUUUUAAGAGAAUAAAUCUAAGCUAUGUUAUGCUUAAUUCCACUUGCAACAUUCAUUGAUGUGUUUUCUUUUAUG